CUGAUAAAUCAGGCGCGAAAUUUGAAAGUGGUAACUGUUUUACACGUGAUUUAGGACUUCCUAGACUAGUUCAUUUGUAGGGUGUAUUACACACAGACUAACAUCCUGUCUUGUUUAUCGGAUAUAUUUUACCCUGAAAAAAAAUUGUUUUUCGACGAGCACUUACCAGUUAAUAUUAUUCCUAACACAGACUUAGGUCUUAAAUAGAUCUGAAAUUUAUUAUAUACUCAUAGUUUCUGGUCUUAGUAUUAACCAGGUUAAUACUUAGUAACAACUAAUACUCAGAUAUUAUAUUUAAUUUAACGAGUUCUGUACUCACCCAGUCUCAAAUCAUGGCCUAUAACUCCAGUAAAAGAGAAAUUUCACCAACUUCUAAGCCAAAUAAAAGGUCCAAAUCUGUAACCUUUAUUACUGACGACUCAGUACCUGACAAUGUCGAAUUUUUAACUACUGAACAAUAUGCGUAUUGUACACAAAUGUCAAUGUCAUCACCUGAUUCUCCAUGUUACAACCCCUCUAUCUCUGCGUGCAGUGUGCCAAUGGUAAGACUGGUUGACAUACAAGACAAUAUACCUACGUGCAUCGAAAAGUCAGCGCAGUCUACUAGACAGUAUGUGCUACCAAGGCCUAAAUCUAAAAUUUCAAAAACUAAAGAGUCCAAUGGUCCACCUCAUACACACCAAAAUACUGAUAGAUAUAGUAAUGACAUCCGUCAGCUACAAAACUCUCUAUCCGAAAUCAACGGGAGACUUGAGCAACUAGCACUCCUCACACAUAUAUUUGGCCUUGACACUGAUAGAAAUCUUGAGCAACUCACUAAAGCUGAGUGCAUUUCGGAGUUUGUGGUUGAAGAAGUGACGAAAAGAGUGAUGUCCUCCUUCAACGCAGUUGCGUACAACCUCCCCGACCGCACACACUCAUCUAAGUUAAGGGGUAUUUGCCUUAGAGCAUGCGGUAUGCUGAACGAUAACUGCAAAGUCAUUUGCCUUAGAAAAAAGUUAAACAAGUCAACUUGCCCUUCCCUGUUUAUGUUUGGCUGUUGCAACGAUGCUUAACAGUUUAUUGAUUCGAGCAAAGAUAUUACUUCACUAAUUCCAUACAAAAAUAUAGAAGUCAUUCCAGACCUUACGCCCUAUCAAAGUCGUGUAAGAAGACGUGAAGCGAUAAGAAUGCAUGGGAGUGUUAUAGUAAAUAACCAGCCAGAGACAGUUUGCAACACAGUAAAUGGAUUGAAUCACAUGAACAAUAAGCAUGACAUCACUCCACAAACUGCUGAUCACUCUGUUGAUCUAGAUGAGUCUGCAGACCAGAAACCUUUAGAUAAGAUACGGACCCCAACUGACACCAAAAAGCAUAACGACAUGUCUAAUCCCGGCUGUUCGCUCAGUAAUGUACUAAGAUGUGAGUCAUGUGACAACGCGCAUCCAACUAAACCUAUACACUUGAAAAUUAGUCCUCCUAAAGAUAUUCCACAAGUUGACUUGAAUGGACCUAAAUCCAUCUCACAGAGACAACGAAAGACUCCAGCUCUGACAAUAAAGGGUGGGAAGACAAGACUCAUGAUAUCGAAUAGGGAAACAUGUAAGACUGAACCUAACUGCUCUAUAGGUAUCCCAAGAACAGUGAACAGGUUCUCCCCGCUGCUAUCGUAUAACUUGCCUUCAACACCUCAAAGUUGCAAAAUGGGUGGUGGGCUUCAGCGUAACAAGCCCUCUUACACGCAGACUAACGAAAACCACCAGAGAACUGGUCACCCUGAUCACCACCGAAGCCUAAAACUAUUAAUAAGAAUGGUAAUAAUAGGUUUCUCGCUCCACACCCUGUCUACAUUCCCCAGGAUCACAACUGUAAUUACUCCCAGAAAGAAAACUUUUCGCACCCUUUAGAACCAACCCAUCACAUAAAGACGGCUCGCGUGUAUAAUAACGGUCGCAGCAGCAGACCCCUCCCACGCUAACGUAAAUAGCCAUAACAGAUACUACUAGUCUAACCACCAAGACUAUUUUGCAAAUACACGCACGUUUCACAGCAGGCCUGUACAAGAUUUUUUGGAAUACGACCCCUAGUGACACCUCUGUUGAAGCAUAUAGCCCAAGUUAUUUCAAACCACAUACAAAACAUAAACUUGUUUCCUUCGUACAGUUUCCAUCAGAGAGUACUCCCGCCCUUUCCUCCUGGGUAAACUCCCCAAUCAACUUCACUAACUCAUUUGAUACAUCCCCCACUAAAUCCAGCUAUUAAAAUACCGAGCUAUUGAAGAACAUCCAAUCCCUCACAUCAAACUCAUCUCACACCAGCGAAGGUUACGACGACUUUAUCCGAAAUACUCUCGCCCAUUUGAACUUAGUAGACCAUUUGUUUAAUAUAUGUCGUAUCAACGCCAGAUCGAUCUGCAAUAAAAAGACGGGUUUAGCCCUGUUUGUAUCCAUAUAUCAACCAUCACUUAUAAUGAUAACUGAAGCAUGGACUGAAAGUAAUAUUUCCGACCUAAGUAUAUCUCUUGAUAACUAUUUCCCAUAUAGAAGUGAUGGAUUGAAAGGAAAAGGUGGAGGAUGCAUUAUUUACGCUCACAAUAGUAUAAAAUCACUACUAUGUGAUAUGUCUGAAAUAAACAAACUGAAGGAUUCGGUGUGGAUUGUAAUAAAGCCGUCGAAUUCCGUUACCUUAUUGCUCGGUUGUGUUUAUCGUCAACCUGACGCAUCAAUAGAUGAAAUAGCAGUAUUAUCGAAGGUAUUCACACUAGCAUCAUCCCUUCCAUUCACAAGCAAGCUUAUUUGUGGUGACUUCAACAUGCCCGAAAUUUCUUGGCUCCCAGUCAAGGCGCCGAGACGUUAUGAAUCACUUAAUGAAUGUCUAGAGCUUGGACUAAGUCUUUACCAGUGGCCUCAUCUCCAAUACUUUGUAUAUUGGAAAAACGUUUCCAGGUAAUGAUCAUAACAUUGUUAUAUGCAUCCUUAUUAUAAAAACCAUAACCGGUGGACGUAAAAUCCGUAAUACUUCGUAGAAACUAUCGCAAGGUUGAUUGGAGUAACUUCGACAAUUACCUAAGAAGCACUGAUUGGAGAACUUUCUUUACUGCAAAUAAUACCGGCACACUAACCAAUAUAUUUUAUCUCAAAAUCAGGAGUAUCAUCAACAAAAUCGCACCUUUAGAAUACUGUAAACCUGCGUUCUCCAAAGAUCACUAUAUACCAACAGAUAGCUCAAUCUUAUGGAUGCUGAUCUACCAAGGCCGAUCAUACAAAGCUCAAAAUUUGGCCACAAAGUCUUCCCCCUUGUGAUAUGGAACGAAAUAUUUCAUCCUGCACCAUCCUCAAAGCCUUAGACAUUCCAAAGGGACAUAAGGUUGCGACAUUUAGAAGCUCUCACUUUCAAUGGAUCUAUCCUUGACCAUCAGUUGCACAUUCGCGACGCAACUUUCGUGAAGCGCGCCAUUUGUAGUACUGAUUAAAACCAUUUAUAUUCAUAUCUUAAAAAUUAUCAACCCAGCUAUGUAAUUUACUACAGUGGAUAUUGUAUCAUUUGUAUCAAUUUGAUCUUGCCUGUAAACUGGCAUGCCUCAUGUAACAAACUGUUAUUUGAGAAUAAAAUUAUUAUUAUUUACGAGAAGACUUCUUCAAAGACUUUGUACUCGAUUCCACAACUUAAGUGACUUUUCCUCUUUAGUAACGAUGAUAAGAAUAUUUGUCCGAACAGAGGCAAUAAGUACACAAAAGCAGUCGCACAGGAAAAACGUGCAGU